AUGUCGGACGUUGAGGAUGAGCACGCUGAAGACGUUGAGCAAGACGAACAGGACGAGAAUGAGCAACCCGAGGAGGAGAAAGACGAGCACCUUGCACCCAAAAGUAGCGCUCCAGCAUCGGCCGCUCUGAAGAGUCCUACACCCGGCCGACAGCCCGGCUUCAACGUGCCGGAAACUGUGUUGCGAAAGUACGUUUGGUCAUUUAGCUCACUUCGCGGCCAGCAUUUGCGCUUUCCCAAUGACCAAGGAAAUACGGCAGAAACUAAGAGUAACGCAGCUAAACCAUGCUUGAGGUUGAAAAAUCUUUGA